GACUAUACGUUGUAUUAGGUUCACGAGUUAUAUUAUAUAUAUUUUGGAAAAUGGCGGAAGAAGAGGGGAAGUUUGAUGGCGUUUUGUUAGCCUUAGCUCAACAACAUGAAGGUGGAGUUCAACAGUUGCUGGAUACCAUUUUUGAUUUUCUUGCGAGGAAAACUGACUUCUACACGGGAGGAACUACGAAUGCUGCUAGAAAGUUGAUCCUUGAUCGGUUUGAAAAGUACGAGAAAAUAGCUAAAGCAGCUCAAACCAAAAAAGAAGAAGAAAGAAAAGCAGCUGAGAAACGAAAACAAGAGAAAAAAGCGCAAAAAGCCAAGGAAGAGCUAAAGGUUGACGAAGAACCAGCAAUUAAAGAACUUACAGAUGAGGAGGCUGAGAAACUGCAGAAAGAAUUAGAAGAGGAAAGAAAUAAUAAAGAAAAUAGAGAAAAUGAAGUUAAAGAUGGAAGUAAAGCGAAUGAAGAUAAGGUUGAUGACGAAGGAUCAGAUCAGGAAAAUGAAGAAGACAAAGGAAAACUAAAACCUAAUUUGGGAAACGGCUGUGAUUUACCCAACUACAAAUGGACCCAGACACUAUCAGAAAUUGAAGUAAUUGUUAUUUUGUCUAAAUCCAGCACAGUGUCAGAUACUGAUAUCACUUUAAACCUUAUUCCUGUUUUUGUUUUUUCUUGUUUCUUUUUUAAUUUGUUGGAAAGUGACAAACUUGACAACGUCACUGAAUGUGGUUAUUAA